AUGAGUGAUUCCGAUUCAGAUGAUUAUGAAGUAAAUAAUUUCAUAUAAUCAUUUAAUAAUAAAUAAAGAAAAGAAGGAUUUGAUCAUUUUAAUCCUUAUAAAUAAACUAGUUCUUUAAUGGAUGAUAAAUAUGGAAAAUAAUAUUUAAGUAUAUAAGAUAAACUUAAUCCUAAAUAUCCAUUAAUGAAUGGAAAAGAUUUUGACCAUAGAAUUGAGAAAAAAAAGAUAAAUUCUUAUUGGACAAUUGGUGAAGAUGUUCUUUUACUAUAAUUAGUUGAACGAUUUAAAACAGAAGAUUGGAAACUUAUAUCAGAUAAAAUAAAAACAAAGGAUCAUAUUGAAUGUUCAAGAAGGUAUACAAUGAUUAGAGAACCAGAUGAAUUUGAAGAUGAAGAAGAAGAAAUAGAUUUAACUUGGACACCUAAAGAAGAUUCUCUUUUAAUAUUCUCUUAUAGAAAACAUAAAGGAAAUUGGGUUAAAAUUUAAUAAAGAUUUCCUCAUAGAGAUAAACCUUCAUUAUUAAAAAGAUGGUCUGAAAUUGCUUAUAUCUAAUAAUAAACUCCUACUAUUUUCUGGGAUAUUGAAAGAGAUACAAGAAUUAUUUCUAAUUUUUUUAAUUCUCUCAAGUUUGCUGAUAUUGCUACUGAUCUAAGCAUUUAAGAAGAGUCUAUUGAAAAUAGAUUUCAUUUCAUUAUUGCCAAAUUAAGUGGUUAACUUGAAAAAAAAGGAGUUAAAGUAGAAUUACCAAAAAAGGUUUUAGAUUCUGUUUAACUCACUGAAGCCUAAGGAUUACUAGCUUUAUAAACUAAAUAAUAAACUUUUGAUAUUCCUGAUGAUUCACAUUAAUAAAAUGAUAAACAUAAUAUAGAUAAUGAUAAACAUAAUAUAGAUAAUAUUUUAAAUGAUCAAAAAUAAUUAGAUUCAAAUACUGCUAUUAAUAGUAAAAUAGAAAAUCAAACUAAAUUUGAAUUACCUAUUUAAUAAACAUAAAUUAUAAAUCAUUUUAAUGAUUAAAUUAAAUUGAAUGAUGAAUUAAUUACUUAAAAUAAUUAAUAAGACACUUAAUUAACACAAGAAGAAUAAAAAUUAGGAGAACUUAAAGAAAAAAAUUUAAUAAAUGAAACACUUCUUAUGAUAAAAAAAAGUUUAGAACAAUAAAAUUAACAUUUUGAUUCCUUGUUUGAUAUUAAAGAUCUAUUAUUGUAAAAUGUAAUAUGA